UAAGUAGGCCAUUUUACUACUACUCUAGGGCAAGGGGCCCAUACACCCCUAAAUCCAGCCUGUAAAUAAGAGCCAGAAGACAGGAAGACAAUCCACAGAACAGGGUGAGGUCAAACUGGGAGAAGAAGUGGAGGGAGGAGUAUGUGUACCUCGCUGUUCACCUGGACAACAGACUGGAUCAGAGAUGCAACAGUAAAUAAGGCACUGUGCACGGAGGAAUUAUUUGUACAAUUACUGAACAUCCUUGUCAUGAAACUAUCAUACAAUAGUCUUCAGUCAGAGGCUUCUUCAGGGUUACUGCAACGCACUGCUACAGGAGAUUCUUCCUGCCCAUAGGCAUCUACAACAGUUCAGAAGAUUCUUAGAUAAUAUGAGUUACAAGAACAUUUCAUUUCCUGUUGGGAUUAACAAAGCAUUUUGAUUUGAAUUAUGCCACCAAUAAAGCUAGCAGUAGACUGCAAAAUAACGUUUUCACCCGAAAUUAUAAUUGCCUAAGACAGAUCAACAAAAGCAAAAGUAAAAGUAAUCCAACAAAUGAGCAAACUCUAAAGCAAAACUUUCAUAUUUAGAAAAGCAACUAUAUUUGAAUACAAAUCACUUAUGCAGGUGAGCUUUGAUUAAAAGUUUUGAUUUUCGGUCAUAUCUUUAUGGGUUUCAUUUUGUGCAUAUUUGUAAAAUUAAAAAAGGAAAAAAAAAGUAGUAUGAAAGCAGAGGGGACACCGAGGUCAGCUCCUGUCUACGGUUGGAUUUUUUUUUGAAAGAACCGGUUGGAUACUCGCAGCUCUGCUCGCGACCAAUCGGAAGUGAGCUUUUUUCCCGCUGGUCGGCCCCGGAGUUUGAGUUUCCCGCAAGCUUUUUUAUUCGACUUGAAUGAAAUGAUUCGCUUUCCAGGAUGAAUAUGAGCAAUUUUUCCCUUUAACCACACAAGAGGACAUUCGACAGGUAAACACAGAGAAGCGACCCUCUAUGACAGUGUCAGUCCGAAGCUGUUUGCUAGGAUGAGGUUUUUUUAGCGGACAUUUGUUCAGGCCGGGCUUCCAUUUUAGCAAGCCGACUAUCUAUGCUAACGUUAAGCUAGCAGUUUGGCUUGGCUUCUAUGGUACGCUCAAGUUAGCCACGGUUAGCUUUCUUGCAACAAGCUGUCAUGGCGCCUACAAUUAAGAAUGACUUUGAAAUAAUGGCUAAGCAACUUAAACACAUUAACCUUCUCCCCGUUACUAUUUCCGUUGUUUGUCAAGGAGUUGUUUGAGUCCUUUUGCUAAUAAGUUUCUCAUUUAGCAUUUUGGAGGCGGCUUUGUCUAUUUGCUGGAGUCCGGUGUAAUGGCUGACUACUGAUGACAAGAGAUGCGGCUCAACAGGGAAUUUCUCGGUUGCUUGAAUCCAUGAGAUUUCCAGCAUCGCUCCUUUUUCUCCAGGUUAUAGUCGGAGCCUCUCUUGCAUGACAUGACAGCUGAAGUUCCUGUUUCUUGCUAGCCGGUAAAAAGCGGGUGUUUUGACGCCGAGUAUAGUAUUUUAGCCGUGUUCUUGUGCUGCUACUGGUAAUGUUACCCCCAUUAUACGCCAAUGUUGAUUCCAUUAUUAAGUCCAACUGAAACGCGUUGACUUUCAGCAAUUAUUCGGCCUCCGGUUCGCUUCGCUCCUGCUUGUCAGCUGCUUUAGUUUCCGCGGCUUUUGCGACGAUUGUUAGUGGCAGUUUUCACCACCCACUCACUGGGGCUUUUGCCGAACACGGGGGAGCCUUCACCCUGCUUGGCCCCGGUCUGCAGCUAGCACCAUAGCCGCUCUUCUUCCAAGGGAACUCGGUAAUGUCGUGUUCGGUGAGCGUGGACGGGUCAGAUGGGAUGGACGGCAUCGGUAGCUCCCUGCCUGCAAUGCCUGAACCAUCCAAUCCGAUCAGCAUGAAGCAGCCGCCCGAGUCCCUGAGUACCCUGAAGGGCCGGGCGGACAUGGGCAGCGACCCAGCUCUGCUGAUGGACAAAGCCGCCGCGCAGCUCGCCGCCACGCUCCAGGACAGCGUCCUCCAGAAGAUGUCCGGCCACAACCACAGCCACGAGAGGCUGAAGGACCUCACCUCCCUGGUGCUGAACGGCGACCAGGACGCUCUGCCCAAGCUCUGCACCCCAGAGCCGCCCAUGCUGAAAGGUGACGAGGCGCCCGCCACCAACGACGCCCACCAGCACAACCGCACGCCUCAUGCCGAGGCCGAGCUGAAGGCGACCGUACCGCAGGCGGCGGAGCAGCCCCCGCUGGAGCCUUCCUGUGCAGAUGGGGCCGGCUUGGUCACAGCCACAGAGAGCGCUUCACCUGGUCCUGACUUGGGACAGGAAGCGAAGAAAAGGAGGGGGAGACCCAACAAACCCAAACUUAUUCUGAACCGCAGCUCUGUCAUCGCCAUGGAGACACCUGACCACACAGAGGUUAUCGGAGAAACGGAUGCGGCAAAUGAGCCCGCGGCCGUGUCCGAACAGCCGGAGCCAAUAACAGAAGAGGGUCCUGUACCUACGCGGUUCUGCGUGGGGGAUCUGGUUUGGACCAAGGUGUCGGGGUACCCAUGGUGGCCCUGCAUGGUGACCACAGACCCAGAACUCAACAGUCACUUCAAACAGAAACAGAAAGCCUUCAACAGCAGGUUAGGCCUCCUUUACCACAUCCAGUAUUUUGGUGACGCUCCAGAGAGAGGCUUCGUCUUUGAGAAGAACAUGGUGUCCUUCACUGGGGAGGAGCAGUAUGUGGAGCUCAGCCAGAGAAACAAACCACCAGCCUCCAGCGCUGCACAUAGAAAGAUGGCUCCCUCGGUUCCCCGUAACCUCCAGGCUCAGUGGAACAUGGGCGUCAUUCAGGCCAAAGAGGCUGUCGGCAUGGCACCGGACCAGCGCAUCGACAGCUUUGGGUUUACUUACGACAGGGACGGGCCCCAUCUGAACCCUCUCAUCUUGGAAAAGCUGAAUAUGGAUCCCACUGACGAGACGCACCGAGAGACGGAACCCAGGCUGGGCCCGGACGUCCCCUCCCUGCCGAAUCCUGUAGCUUUUCCUUCAGAUGCACAAACUCAAACCCCCACUUCUGAGUCUCAGAAGAAAAAGCGACGGCCCAAAGUGGCUCAGCGUCCCGCCAAGCUAGCGAGGAAAAAGAAAGCGUCUUCAGUCAACGGUGUUGUUGUCCCCAAGAGGAGAAGGAAAGCUAAGCCGCUCACGACUACUGAUGACCCAGAGGACGCCUUACCUCAGAUUGCUCUUCUAGGGAGGAGAGAGCAAAAGAAGAGGCGUAAAAGGCCACUAGCAGACCCUGCAGCAGACAAGGAUCAGCAGCCCAGAAAGAGACGGAGAACUGGCAAGAAGGAAGAAAAGCAGGCCUCGGUUUCAGAGGAGACAAACAAAAAGUGGAGAAGAAAGAAGAAAACCGACAUUAAAGAUCUAAAAGAACCAAGAAAGCGAACAAAGAAGUCAAAAGAUGAGCAGAAUGUGGAGAAGCCAAAGCGGCGGAGGAAAAGAAGGCAGGAUGGAGAGAACCAGGCCGGCGCCUCCAAGGCUCCAAAGAAGAGGCGCUCCUCUCCCUGUCCUGACACUGAGGGUUCUGCAAGUGAAGAACGUCCCGAUUCUCCAAGCGACAGCCUAGACGGGACAAAGAAAGGCGAAAGGAAAAAAGAGUUUGUCUGUCAGGUGUGUGAAGUGGCCGGUGAGGACCUGGUGGCAUGUGAAGGCCAGUGCUGCGGCAUGUUCCACCUGCACUGUCUGGGUGGAACCCUGAAACCCGACGACAAGCUGCUAUGUCAAGAGUGCAGCAUGGGACUCCACUCGUGUUUCAUCUGCAAGCAGUCUGAGGCCGAGGUGCGGCGCUGCCACGUCCCCCACUGCGGCAAGUUUUACCACGAGGGCUGCGUCCGCCUCAACCCGCUCACCGUGUUCGACAACAAGGGCUUCCGCUGCCCGCUCCACACCUGCCUCAGCUGCCACUACGGCUGCCGCACCAAGCAGAAGGCUACCAAAGGACGGCUGAUGCGCUGCCUGCGAUGCCCCGUGGCGUACCACGUGGGCGACCUGUGCGUCGCCGCCGGGAGCGAGACGAUCACAAACACGGCCAUCAUUUGCACCAACCACUUUAACGCCAAGAAGGGCUACAGCCACCACAGCCACGUCAACGUCAGCUGGUGCUUCGUUUGCUCCAAAGGAGGACAGCUGCUGUGCUGCGAGUCGUGCCCUGCAGCGUUCCACCCCGACUGCCUCAACAUCGCCAUGCCCGACGGGAGCUGGUUCUGCAACGACUGCCGAGCCGGCAAGAAACCAAAGUACAGAGACAUCAUAUGGGUCAAGCUGGGGACGUACAGGUGGUGGCCAGCAGAGAUCCACCACCCCAAAAACGUCCCCACAAACAUCCAGCACCUCCGGCACGAGAUCGGAGAGUUCCCGGUCUUCUUCUUCGGCUCCAAAGAUUACUUCUGGACUCACCAGGGCCGAGUGUUUCCCUACAUGGAAGGAGACAGAGGCAGCAAGUACCAGAAGAACGGGAUAGGCAAAGUCUUUAAGAACGCUCUGUUGGAGGCCGAGGCUCGAUUUAAGGAGAUCAAGAUAAAACGGGAAGCCAAGGAAGCUCAGGAAAACAGCCGGAAGCCGCCUCCGUACAAAUUCAUCAAGGUCAACAAACCUUUCGGCAAGGUCCAGGUCUACACCGCCGACAUCUCCGAGAUCCCCAAGUGCAACUGCAAGCCGGCCGACGAGCGCCCGUGCGGCUUCGAGUCGGAGUGCCUGAACCGCAUGCUGCAGUACGAGUGUCACCCCCAGGUGUGUCCCAGCGGGGAGCGCUGCUGCAACCAGGACUUCACCAAGCGCCUUUAUCCAGACACCAAGAUCAUCAAGACCCCAGGCAAGGGCUGGGGGCUGAUCGCCCUGAGAGACAUCAAGAAGGGUGAGUUUGUGAACGAGUACAUCGGGGAGCUGAUCGAUGAGGAGGAGUGCAGGGCCAGGAUCAAGUACGCCCACGAAAACAACAUCACCGACUUCUACAUGCUCACCAUCGACAAGGACCGAAUCAUUGACGCAGGCCCAAAAGGAAACUACUCCCGCUUCAUGAACCACAGCUGCCAGCCUAACUGUGAGACUCAGAAGUGGACUGUGAACGGAGACACCCGCGUUGGCCUGUUCGCAGUCUGCGACGUACCGGCAGGAACAGAGCUGACCUUUAACUACAACCUGGACUGCCUCGGCAACGAGAAAACCAUCUGCCGCUGCGGCGCUCCCAACUGCAGCGGCUUCCUCGGGGAUCGGCCCAAGAACUCAAACGGCCACACGGAGCCAAAGGGAAAGCGCUUUAAGAGGAAGUACAGGAGGAGGAAAAGCGAGGGAAAGAAGAAGUCCGAAGACGAGUGUUUUCGCUGUGGAGACGGAGGGCAGCUGGUGCUCUGCGACAAGAAGAACUGCACCAAAGCUUACCACCUGUCCUGCCUGAACCUCACCAAACGACCAUUUGGCCGCUGGGACUGCCCCUGGCAUCACUGUGACGUCUGCGGGAAAAACUCGGAGGCCUUCUGCCAGCUCUGCCCCAACUCCUUCUGCAGGGCCCACCAGGAGGGGGCGCUGCGCCCCGGGGCCGUGGCGGGAGAGCUCUGCUGCGGCGAGCACGACGACACGGAGAGAGGAGCCGGCCAGGCCCGGACUGCCGGCUCGGAGUCCACCGGCGGCGCCGCCGGCCGCUCCAAAGGCUGCAGGAAGGCGGACGGAGCGGAGAUCAGAACCAAAGGCUCUAAGAGGAAAGCACCGGAAGCCUGACCCGACCCGACCCGAAGAGGGGCCCUCCUCCACAGCAACAGUACGCCGCCACACAAACAGAGGCACCGUACGUAUUCAUCAUCAGGGAACGGUGCUGACCUCUCACACGCUCAGCAUUGACCUUUAGCCUCCUCCUUUUUUUAUUUUUUUAUUUUUUUUACUUUUUGAACAUUUUCAGGUUUUCUUGUACUAGUCUGCACUGAGGUGAACGUCUGUGGUAAAGCACAAAAUCAGCUCGGGAAACGCCGCCGCCAGACUUUCCACCGACCGAGCUGCAGCGUCAUAAUCACUCACUUCUGAUUAGUGUGGCCACAACUAGAAUCUCAGUCCAUUCAUUACCGCAAACAGCAGAGCUCUAGUCGUUAUACAUCUAUGUUUGUUUAUGAGAA